AUGUCUGCUACUCAGGAAGAAGACAAGAAGCCCGGAGACCAAGGAGGAGCUCACAUCAAUCUGAAGGUCAAGGGCCAGGAUGGAAACGAGGUCUUCUUUAGGAUCAAGAGGAGCACUCAGCUUAAGAAGCUGAUGAACGCUUACUGCGAUCGUCAAUCUGUGGAUUUCAACUCGAUCGCUUUCUUGUUCGAUGGCCGUCGUCUCCGUGGUGAACAGACUCCUGAUGAGCUUGAUAUGGAAGAUGGCGAUGAGAUCGAUGCAAUGCUCCAUCAGACCGGUGGUGGUGUUGCAGCAACUGGCCUGAACCUGUUCUGCUUUUUAGUUUAG